AUUUUAUUUUAUGCUCGGAAUUGUUUCUGUUUUAUCGUAUUUCCGACAUCGCUUGAAUGCAACUUCACCUCAGAGACCGAUCUGAGCCGCGCAUGCGUAUUAACAGCGGAACCCCCUUGCAUACACAACUCUGAGGCUCCUGUGAUUAAAACAGCGAAGAUGCGGAAAAGUGUGAAGAAGAGAUAAGCGGGGAUCUACCGGAGUCGGUGGGACCGGGUGAUGUGACAGCUGCAGGCACCGACCAGCGCUGCUGUCAGAAGGUUAAACUGCUGCUUUUUGUUGCUAUUGUUCAGCCGACUGAGACUCCAGAGAGGCUGCACAAACUCCUGGAGCUGUCCAAGGUAGGAGUCUCUCUCCCCGGUGUCCUUCAGCUGUGCAGCCGCUGGUGUCCACAGCGGAGCAGGAAGUGCAGCAGACAGAGCACCGCAAGAGAGCCACACCACUGUCUGCUGUCAGUUAACGCUGAUAAGAAGAGCAAGUGAACAUGCCUCCAAAACGACUCAGUAGAAAAGAACGAAGGAAACUGUGCACCUCACUGGCAGGGGAGCUGGUGAUCAUGGCCGGGACCGUCAUGCUGGCCUACUACUUCGAGUACACCGACACCUUCAGCGUGCACGUGCAGGGCUUCUUCUGCUACGACACCACCUACACCAAACCCUACCUGGGACCGGAGGACAGCAGCGCCGUCCCGCCCGUCCUGCUGUACGCCGUGGUGGCCGGGCUGCCCACGCUGCUGAUCACAAUAACAGAGACUGUGCUGUUCCUGGUCCAGUAUACUUCCAAAGAGUUUGACCGGUCAGAGAAGACGGUGGCCACGGGGGACUGCUGUUACCUCAACCCACUGGUGCGCAGGACCUUUCGCUUCCUUGGAGUCUACACCUUUGGCCUCUUCACUGUUGACAUCUUUGUCAACGCAGGCCAGGUAGUGACGGGGAACCUGGCACCGUUUUUCCUGACGGUUUGUAAGCCAAACUACACAGCCCUGGGCUGCCAGCAGGCCCUGCGCUACAUCAGCCACCAGGAGGCCUGCACAGGAAACCAGGAUGACAUCCUGCGUGCCCGCAAAACCUUCCCAUCCAAGGAGGCAGCACUCAGUGUCUACGCUGCUCUCUACCUGGCUAUGUAUGUGACAUGCACAGUGCAGGCGAAGGGCACUCGUCUGGCCAAGCCUGUGUUGUCCCUUGGGCUCAUGUGUCUGGCCUUCCUCACCGGUCUGAACCGCGUAGCUGAGUAUCGCAACCACUGGUCGGAUGUCAUCGCUGGCUUCAUCAUCGGCACUGCCAUCGCCACUUUCCUGGUGGUGUGUGUGGUCCAUAACUUCAAAGGCAAGUUAUUGCUGAGCGAGGAGUCACCAGGGGAGCAGCGGCCAAACACAGCCAUGCUGAACAUGGGCCAAGUGGAGAGUCCUCUAGAGAAGUACAUUGCCUCACAGAAUCACAUCGCCUUCGCUGAGGUCACAUGACGUGGAGUCAGCUGUGUGGCAGACCCAUUGGACAUCCACGCUCUUCACCGUCCAAUCCUAUUAGCCGGAGCGCAGCGCUAAACCCAUUCUGUGUGUGUGUCGGUCUGCGGUAUGUUGUUCUAUGUUGUCUUUAUCAGGCCCCUGUUGUCAUUUGCAGCUUCUUGUACUCAAGGAAAAAAUAAAAAUAAAGGAAGAAGAGUCAGUAACUAAGUGGGACAGGUUGCUUCUGCUUUCUCCAUCUAUGCACUUAUUCUGAAUCCUUGUCAGACUCUCGCCUCCCAAAUGAAACUUGUUGCAAGGCAAAGCCUGAGACAGACUUGUUGCAAGAAGAACGAAAGAAGAACUGGAUUGCACCAUCUCAGCUCUCUAGGUGGAACAUUUUCUCAUGAUUUGGUUAUUCUGUGUGUAAAACAGCAUUAUUAAUAUUCAAGAGGCCUCCAACAAGAUGGCUGCAGGCAAAACUGUCCAAUAUGUUCAGUGAGUGUCUGAACAGAGAGAGAGAUGAAAAAGCCUCUGUGUGAAGUUUCUACAGUCAGUUUCCAUCUUUCAGAUUUUGUUACUGCUGUUAUCACAUAACCAUCACAUUUAGAGCAGUGGUUCCCAACCUGAGGGUGGACAUGAUAAAUCUUGAGAGGUCAUAAUAUUAUUAAUGGGAAAGGAAAGAAGAAAAAAAAAAGUUAUCUUAAUGUUUAACCUCUCUGUGUGUGAAAUAGUGGACAGUUCAGACUCCUAACAGUGAUUCAAAUGAAACAAUCUGAGAAGUUUAGAGAAGAACGAGUAAUUGACAGUGUUUCAUUUUAAGCUGAAUGGGUUGGGAACCAUUGAUUCUGCUUAGAGUUCUGCUGUGAGUAUUACAAUGUGAGACAGAAUUCUGAAGUAAUUAAGAACUGCUGGGCCCGUAUUCAUCAAACUAUAAAAAAGUGAUUUUUUUUUUUUAAAUUUGAUGAAAGAUAAAACAAAAAACCCUUCAUUCUUACUCCUACUCACAAAUUUAGGAAUAUUAAGUCCAGACAUUGUCUGAUACAAUCUUGCAGUCUUCUUCUUUUCUGCUUUUGUUGGCACAUUGCUGGAUACCUUGGUGUAUUACAGCCAUCUGUAGUUCAUUGGAAUUGUGUGAAACCAUUGUCAGGACUAGGUCACCUGCAUGCACACAUGUAUGUAUACAUGAUUAUGUUCAUAUACAACAAAAAACUUCAAGUAUUUGCAGACUUUUCUGUAUUAAACCAAGACCAUGAUAUUUCUUUAACCUUAACCAAGUGCUGCCAGAGUCUAAACAUGAAGUUUAAUAUUGCUGUAGUUUCAACUAGCAGAUAUUCAGCUGCAAGAUCAGACACUUUGAUGAAAAAGGAAAGAAAAGCAGACAAGAUGUGACUGAAAAACUGAGUGAAGAUUUUGUUUUCUUCAUCUGUUAAUGUGUUAGAAUAGAUUCUUCAUGUAUUAUAUGUUUUCUCUAAUGUAUCUCACUUACCAGCAGCAGAGUUUCUUCCAUGAUCCAGUUUGGUUUUCUUUAUAGCACCGAGGAAAUGUAAGGAUUCCUUUAAAUGGAUGAACAUCUCCCAGCAAUCAUGUGAUCAGCUGAGAGCUGAUCAAAAAGGUUCCCUAACUUUGUUAUGAGUAGCGACGGGUCGGUUGAUAUGCAUAUCUUAUUCUUGACUUUUUUUAGCAAAGAACUGUUACUCUUAAGUUGACUCUUUACAAUAUUUUGAAGUGUGAUCAUUUGAUAAAUACGGGCCCAGGUCAAAGUAGCAAAUUAGAAAAAGUGUACGUAAAAGGCUCAAACUGUAAAUGUCAUUUUGUGGGGAUGUAAAUCUAUUUAAAGUCAAGGUAAAUUUAGGAUUAUGUUAAGGUUAGGGUAUGUCUCCAGGAAAUGAAUGUAAGUCAAUGUUAUGUCCUCUGAAGUGAUAGAAACACGACUGUGUGUGUGUGUAUGUGUGUGUGUCUAACUCCAACCAAUGAAAACAUUAAACACUACACUGAGUGUGUUCUAACAUACAUACACUAACUGUCAAGGGUUUCUAAGCCGCACCAGACAAUCACCACCCCCUUCUUUCUUUCUUCCUUCCUUGUAGUUAAGUACUGGGUGUGUGGUAGCAGGUGUAAUCAUCUAACACUGUACAUGAGGAAUAGACGUGGAGAACAGAGCACACAUUGUCUCUGCAACCCAUUGUCAAAGAUAAUGACAUUUGCUUGCUUUUGUCAUGUGAAAGCUAAAAAAUACAAACGUCAGUCUGACUCACAGGCCAAAACUGAGAUUUUUAUUGUAUGCAUUUAUUAGUCAGAUACAUGUAGUUCUCUUAUUGUCUCACAUCUGAUGUCAAAUCAAGUUACAGUGAUGUUACAGUAAAAGGAAGUUGUUUUUUUCUCCUUGUUUGUCAGAGAGCAUUUAUUCAUGGUCUGUGUCUUCAGUAUCAAAGAGACAUGGAGACAUGCUGGGCCGCCUUCACACUGGGGAAAUGCAGUCUCUGUAGUUCCAUCUCAUGGCCAAUCUGGACAUGAACGCCUUUGAUCAUUGGCGAGACUACAAGUUUUGUUGUUGCACUAUUUCUUCUUUCUCUAAAAUUUCAAUCAUGCAGCUAAGUGUAACAUUAAACAUGAAAGGAUCAUUUUACUUGAAUCAGUUUUUGUAGCCACAUAGUCAGGACCUCUCACAUAGAUAAAUGCAGUUUGUUGUAAUACCAGUCAAUCAGUCAAAUUGCUAUUAUACUAGCUGUCAGUGAGAAGACUAUCCUGGAUGUGAUUGGAGAGUUUUAGUGUCAAGUGCUUUUUAACCCUCACACUUAAAGGACUUAAAGGAACAUUCCAGCAUGUUAGGAAAUCUUUCUCUUGUCUGUCAUCCCCAGUUGAGAAAAUGGUCAUUGCUGUGUGUCCAGUUCAGAGGCAGGCGAAGAUGUGUGUAGCCUAGCUGAGCACAAAGACUGGAGGCAGAGGGGAAAUGCUAGCCUAGCUCCAACAAAAGAGAAAAACUGUCUUAUGAAAGAGCUCCAACCUCACCUGUCCUCCAAACUAAAUCAAAUGCAUUUCCUCACAAUGCCCGAUGCCCCUGUUGACAGGACAUUGUUUGUCAGUGCCUACCAAAAGUCACCUUUACAAAAAUGAUUCAUAUGACCAUUUCUGAUCUUCUCAGCCACUGCCAGGAUUUGUUCAGUUUAGGCCAAAAAACUAUUUGGUUAGGGUUAAAGUUCACCGGGUUUGUGGUGCUAAUAACAAUAUCAUGCUACUUUGACUUUUACAUCUAACAGACAACAGUCAUGAGUCAAACAGCCACUAGAGAUCUUUGUCAUGUUGAUGUAAAUUUGGAUCAUUUUUAGACAUUUGCAGCUACAUUUGUUCUCCUUUGAUGGAAGUAGGAAGUCUGUGUACGGGAUACACAGAGAUUAUAGGGCAGCAAAUAUAUUACCCAACAUGUUGGAGUGUUUCUUUUAAACCAUUUAAACAAGGAUUACAAGAUGUUCAUUUGAAUUUAUUACAGGAACUAUACUCAUUUUAAAUGGUAAUACGGUAAACGGCAAUGCCCCAUCCAGUGAAAUCUGGUGGAAUGGCAUUCUGAAGCACUAGCUGUCAAACUGUCAACAUAGUGAUUUUGAAGACUACAAAGAUACCAGAGCAGCCAUGAUAGCUGUCUGUUUUUCUGUGUAUGCUGUAUUCCCAGUGGCUGCAGCUGAGGAGUAUUUUCAUCAUCAAAAGAUCAAUGAUGUGAUGACUUCAACAUUGCAAUCAUCAACCAUCUUUGCAGUUCUACUUGGCUUUUUAGCCUGUUUUAACCCGUUCUAUCUGUUUUACUGGACGGUUUAAGUCUGAGUUGCUCUGAUCAACCCCUGUAUGCAGCCAUUUCCAAGUUCUGAUAAACCCACUGAAGCCCCAGUUUGUGACUCUCAUGUGUUACAUUCUCUUUGAGCCACAGAGCCAAGCAUCAGUUUUUCUGAAAAAUAAAUACCCAGUAAUCUUCAAAAACCCUAGAAGGUCACUUAACAACACUUUUUCUGAGGGUAUUUCCAGAAUCAUCAAAGACUCGUUUAACCAUGUGAAUGAAAAAUAAUUCUGUCUACGGCAAAUUUAAUUAUCAUUUAUAUUUGUCUAUGAUACUUUCAUUAUUUUAUGUUUUCAUCCAAAAUUGAGAAUUUUUCUUGUCGUACAAAAUGAGCAAGAACAUACUGUAUGUCAUUUCAGGCUGUCUGGAUAGGAAACAGAGUUGCAGCUUGGGAAACUGGUUCAUUUUUUUUAUCUUAUAUUGUACAACAGACAGAAUAUUUCUUCAUCCAGAUGGUCAGAGGAGUCUUUGAAGAUACCUUAAGAAAAGUGAUUUUAAUCCACCUUGUAGAAUAGAACACAAUGCAUCUUUAUUGCCCACCAGAUUGGAAAAUUGUCUUGGGCUUUUACAAAGUUUUAAAAAGUUUAUUUCGGACUUUACGAAGUUCGCUGUGUUUAUUUUUCAGAAAAACUGAUACUUAGCUCUGUGACUGGAAUAUACAAACUAGGAUUACCUGGCCAGCACACAAAGUUAGUGACUAGCUGGUAAACAAUAGUGGAGCAUUUAGCCACUACAGAGCCAGAUACUUUCUCAAGUACGUAAAGGUUGCUAACAUUUUAGCCAGUGAUGUGUGUGUGUGUGCGUGUGUGUCUUUUAGGUUGUUUUGAUGUUUUUCUGCCCCCUAGUGAAAAAAAUGGAUGAAUGCAGCUUUAACUGAUUCAUCAAGUGAAUACCUUUCUGUCCUUUGAUUGAACUGUUAUAAAAUAGUUUUAAGCAGUUACUUCUCUUAAUGUUGGCGAUAAAGUGACACGUAUAUUUGCAGUGUAUCCAAGUCAAAGUGCCAUGCCACGUCACUCCCUGAAGUCAUUCUCCUUCGUAGCAAUAACUAUCACAUUACUAUAACACGUCGGGCUUUCUUUCCCAUUACGACAGAGGAUAAGAAAACAUUGAAGGUCUAAUUCUUUUGCCCCUUCAAAUCUCUAUUUUUGUAAUAAUCACUGAAGCACUUAUGAAUAAGGACUCCAGGCAGGAACACGCAAAUAGCAGCACUUUAAAUCAAGCUGUAACUCUUCUCAUUGCUAAUGAAAUGGCCACCUGUGUCGCUGCAGCUUGAAAACAAACAUCAUAUGAAUAUUCAGGACUCUAAAAGAUGAAAUCUGCUCAAAUGUGCAUUGCAAGAGCUACUACGCUAUCCUAGCAUAUUUAAAGGAAAAGAGAAUUGUAAAAAUGUAUAUGUUUAAAGUAUAUAUAUAUAUCCUUUUGGUCAUAUUCUACAUUACUGCAGUCUAUUUUCUUAUGACUGUGUACUGUGUGAGUGUUCACGAUAAAUGUUUCUUUUCUCCUCCAGAUAAUGUUAUUGCUUCUUCAUGUCAUUUUACUAAAUGAGGUAUACUUCAUGUUAUUGUUCAGAAUUACAGCUACAUUUUAUACUCUGUUUUGUGAAUAGUGAUAUUCAUGUUUGUUAUGUUAAUAUUACAUUAUGUUUCUUACUCAGCUCUGUAUUUCAUAUCAUUCCUCAGUCAAGCUCCUUCUGAGGUUUUAGACAUAAGUUACAAAUGUUUCUAAACAUGUGGUUUUUACCUUCCCCCACACUGUCAUGUGAUUUGUUUGCUUCUAGUGGGUCAUUUUGUAUGGAUGUUGUUGCUCUUCUUCUAAACCAGUUCUUUUUGUAUUAUUCAUAUUUAUUUUUAAAAUGUCUUUUCUUUUCAACCUGAGUUUAAAUUGUGACCUUUUACACUGUAGAAAAUAAGAAAUUUACA